AUGGACACGUUACGAGUGAUGUUUGAUUCACCGGAAGCCGUCUAUAUUCCGGGUCAGACGGUCAGCGGCCGCAUUCUAUUGGAAUUAGAAAAGCCAAUUAAGGUAAUUAUCUUCAUUUUCGAAAAAUAAUGAAUUUCCAGGCUCGAAAAGUGACGGUUUCUUUUGAUGGAAAGGCUUACACGCACUGGACUCGUUCCGAAACCAAUUAUGACAGGUUUCUGUGGAAAUUUAAGACGAAAAAUCUGAAUUUUUGAUUUCAGGGACAUCAAUGGGUGAGUAGCCGAGAAAAAACUACUGGUCAAUCUUCAAUUUUGUAGGGAAUCUCGAAGGAGAACUAGAACUAUCGAUUAUCAAGCCUCGGUGGAUUAUUUGAAAGGCGAAAAGAUCCUCUGGUAUUGCGAAGACGGCACUGUUUGUUGAAAAUAAGAAUGAGAAAUGAAUUUAAAAAUAAACAUUAGGAUCAACUUCCCGCAGGACAGUAUGAUUAUCCGUUUUCCUUCACUUUGAAUGCAAGUUGUCCGCCGAGUUUUGAAGGUCUAGAAAAUGCUAAAAACAUGUAAUAAAGAGUUGAUUAUAGGUGAACACGGCUAUGUAAGAUACAAAGUGAGAACGGAAAUCGAUCGACCGUGGCGAUUCGAUAAAUCCGCUGAUAAAUGUUUCACAGGUAAAAAAAAAGCUGGAUAGAAACUGAGGCGGAGGUUUUCUUAGCUUCCAAAUUGGAAUGGCAUAAAUAUCUUCUUUUUUUUCAUAUCUAGCAACACUUAAGCUACAAAAUUGCUUAAUAAUUAUCAAAAAUAGACACAAAAAUCCAACAGAGGUUUAAAAAAAGACUCACUGACUUGCAGAAUUUAGACAAACUUUCUAAUCGUUCAAUUUGAUUUUCACGUGUUGAAAUUGAAAUCAGCAGUCGCUCAAAUUGAUAAUUAUUUAAGAAAUCAUGUUGAACUUUAAAAAAAUUAUUUUUUUAAAAAAACUUGAAAAAAAUAUUCAAUAAGAAAAAUUUGAAAUCUCCAAAUGCGCGCGCUUCAGCGGAGCACAGCUUCUCUUUUUUUUUUUUGGCUUCUUUUUUUCAAUUUGAAUGUUUCUUAUUAAUAUUAUGUUCAUGUAAGACGUUCAAACUUGGUUAAUUUUUGACUUAUGAGUAAACUCCUCUUCAGACUGACUGUGGAUCUUUUCUUUUUUUUCCAGAUUUUUUUUUUCUUACUUCCAACAGCUUGUUCUUUUUCAGUUGUCCCAAGUAUUGACUUGAACUUGUAUCCCGCGGUAUGUCGACCAGCCCAAGAUGAAGAUUUACGCGACACGGGUGCCAUCUGCUGCCGUCGCGGAACAGUUUCUCUUUCGGUUUUUCUCUACUUCUCCUUCAAAAAAUAGAAAAAAGGAUUUUUCAGGUUCAAGUUCCGAAAACCGGGUUUGUAGCUGGCGAGAGCUUGUACAUCACCAUUUUUGUUAAUAAUCUGAGCUCAAGGGAGAUUGAUUAUGUUUUUUGAUUUUUUUUUUCGUUCAAUAAGGAAGUUUUUUUUCAGGUACAAGCAAAACUCGUUCAAAGAACGACUUAUAUCGCGCGCCGUUCCACUCUCGUUUUCUCCACUUCCAGCAUUUUUUCCGACGAGGAGAAGAAAAUUGACGAUAAGACGGUGAUCGAGAAGAAAAUGGUCAGAAGUCGUUUUUGUUGUAAUACUUUUCAAAAAAGCGGGGAAAACUUACUUUUCCCGAAUUUCAUGAGCACGGAAAGAAAAUUCAGAAAUGAAAGAUCAGGGUCGGGCGCUAAAAUCGUACGACUACAGUAGUUUUUUCUGUGCAGGAUCCUUUUUUUCUUAUGAACACACGCACUAACCAUAGAUUUACUGCAGGAUUAUGCGCUUUUUAAUCAACUUUUUAAAAUGAUUAAUAAAAAUUUUUUUGACUUUUUUUAGAGUUAUUGUCAUUAUCAAGUUACUAUCACGUUAGCUUAAUAUUUCAAACUUUAAAAUUGAAAAAAAAAACCAUUUUUUUGGAGUAUGCGAUAAUGCGUCCCGGUGUGUUUACACCAUAACUACCAUAAUUCACGGAGCGUUCCGAAAAAAACGCCGUGAUAGUCUUUUAAAGUCCUUAAUAUUUUUUAAAUGGUUUCUGAUUAAAAUUUCAGGAACUUAACGCAGAACCGAGAACUAAAGCAAAUGUAGUCCUGGAUUUCAAAAUUCCUUCCGUGGCGCCGACCUUCGACAUGUGUCCGAUCAUUUUUGUUCAGUACUUUUUUUGCAGGUUUGUUUUUUUCUUAACUAUCUAAACGCUUUUUAAAUAAUGUUUUUAGUUGAAUUUUGAUAUAUAAUAUUAGGUUAUUUCAGGAUAUUUUUUUCGUUUUAUAUUCGCAAUUUUCAGUUUAAUUAUAUCACGUUGUUCUUCUUUCAGGCAAAACAGUUUUGAAAAGUUAACUAAUUUUCAAUUUUCAACUCCUUUCUACUAUUUCGAGCGACUUUUUCAAGUUUUCCACCCAUAAAACUCAAUGAAAGUCGAACUUAGACACCGCCGGUGACAAAAUAUGCGAAAUUAAACGAUGCUUGAACAGACCGCCUUGGAAAAAUCUCUCGCUUCACCAACCUUGACGAAAUUUAUGCUCACUGGGUCAAAUUUUAAAAGGGUUCUGAAGGACAUCCGGCUAAAUUUAGGCUCUUGGAAUUGAUCGAGAGGGGGAAAACAUGAAGAAUAUAUUUUUCAGGGCUCGACUAGAGCUCUUUGACGAAAAAAAACCUUUGUUUUUCUUUUCACCUAGGUCAAAAAGCAACAAAAAAACAAAGUUCUUGAAAAAUGCAUGAUAAUCAAAAAAACAGUCUUAUGAUUAACGGAAUAUAUAGGAGAUUUUUUGCAGACCUCUUACAAGAGAGGUCAUUCUACUUUUUGGCUUGGAAUUUUCUAUAAAUUUGCUCAAUAACUCAUCAGAGGUCUAGAUGAAGAUCCCGCAUAGUGGCUACCUGCGCGAGCUUCUAAUUUUUAAGAUAUGAUUUUUCGAAAAAUAUAAGUUAUGAGCCUAAUUUUUCAAACUUCAACAUUGAAAAAUCAUUUUUUAAUGUUGCGAAAUAUAAACUUUAAGCCUAAUUUUUUGACCUUCAAUAUUAAUUACCUCGAAAAAAAGAAGCUGGCGUAGAUUGCGACAUUGAUGGAACCUUAUAUACACAUUCAGAAAUGGUUUGAGUGAAUUUAUAGAAAGAUUCUAAACCGUCAAGUAAAACUUCCUCCCUUGUUAAGUCAUUCUUGAACGUCGGGAAGGGUGGAAAAAGGCUCCAUAGAAAUGUUCCUUCUAGGGUGACGAAGGCUCCUUUUUGCUGCCUAUUUGCUCCAUUUCAUCAGCUGUUAUGCACCAUUUUUGCUGCCUCUCCCUUUUUCCGCCAAUUCUUGAGCCUUUAAAAUCACAGAAAAAACGGAAGGCUCGAUAAAGGGACUUUUUUUGCUGCCUUUUUUGAGCCCCUCCCUUUAAGCGGCCAUUAUCUACCAUUCCGUUUUUUUCCCGAGAAGAAAAGGAGCAAAAUACCAAUUUUUCUGAACUAGAAAAUUUCUUCGUAGACAUUUUUCAUUGCAUUUCUACGCACUUCCUCCGAAAAAUCGGGAUUUCUUCAGGUUCGAGCCGAGUCCAGCUCCAUGUUCUGUAGUACCCUCAGAACUGAGUUUCCGGUCAUGAUUGGCACAUAUCCAUUGAGAAUCUCGUCCCUUUCUCCUGAAGCUCCUUAUCCUGGAAACGGCGCGAUUCCUUCAGGUUUUUGUUCAAUUUUCAAACAAGUACUUGCUUCUUUUGAAUUUCUUUUUUUUUUCCGUGAGAAAUUUACUUUUCAGCCCCUCCGUCCUAUGAAGAAUGUGUGUAUGGUGAAGCUGGAACGACAAAAGAUACCGAUUUGAUCGAGGUUUUUUUUUUCAAAAAUCACCAGUCUGUUUCCGUGAUUCUGGAUUGUGCCGUGUUCAAAAUAAUUUACGGGAAUUUUAUCUCUGGCGGGAAAAAAAUUUUAGUGGCUCGCCAAAUCUCAAAAAAAUUAUUCUUUCAAGUAUUUUUUUGGAUGACAGUCAUUGGUCUUUUAAAACUUGUCACAAAAAAAGAUAAAAAGGAAAAAAAUCAUGAAAUUCAAAAAUUUUUUUGUGCAAUCGUUUCCAAAAAAAGAACAGCCUCAAGUCUCGUAAUAUAGAAAAAAAUGCUUCAAAAAUUAGAAAAGUUCCCCUUUUUUUUUGACGAACUUGAGGCACAAACGUUCAUGUUCAUCGAAAAAUAUUUUCUGAGAAAUUUAUGUUUUGGGAAAAUUUUUAGUGGCCACUAUAGAGGCUCGGCGAGGACUACUUGGAAAGGACACAAGCCACCUCUAUAGUGGCCAUUAUUUUCCGUUUUAGUGGCCACUUUAUUCAGUAUUACUUCCAGUGACUCUGAUAAUUUUAAUACAAACAGAUUGGACCAGUUAUUUUGAUCCAAUGACCCCUAAAGUGGCCACUAACUUUUAACCCCUUAAGUGGCCACCAAUUUGACUACUAUAGGGGUCACUAAAACGUCACAACCCUAUAGUGGCCACUGGAAAUUUUUUCACUCUCUAACGGUCAUUUUGAGUUUCGCGUAAUCACUUUAAUCAAUUUAUUAUAAAACUUCAGUCAAGCAACUUUCAAACUUCUAAUUUUAGUUUUUCGCUGGUCCUUUUGGAAAAAGUUUUGGUUUUCUUAACUUUCAAAUAACUCAAUAUGAUUUAUUGGAUUUUUUUAACGGUUUUUCUGGUCUGCUUAACGUGAACUUAUCUUUUUUUUCUGUAGAUUCAUUCAAUUUUUGCCUCUCUCAAAAAAAUACAGAAAGCUUCCUUUUUGAAUAUCGUAAAAAUAUAAAAAUUUUAAAUUCGCGCUUUCAGCAGUUUCUUGUUUUUAAACCCUUUUUGAAUUCCAAUUAUUAAAUUUUUUUGAGUAAAAUCAAUAUUUCAUUAAUUUGCAGCCAUUUGUGCCGCGGUACCCGGUUUUUCAACGAUUUGGCACAGCGGGAAAUUGUCAUCCCUUCAGCGCCAUCGUUAUGAAGAUGAAAUCGACCGCAUUUUAUGAAUUCUUGCCAACUUUUCAAAUAUUUUCAUUGCUUAAUAAAAAAUAUAUGCAAUGUGCAUUUGAUUCUCGCCUUUCUGUAUUGUUUGCUUUCGAAUCUACAUUCUUUAAACUCAUUUUUUGAAACAGGAAUGAUUGUUUGUGAAUCUUCAGUUCAGAAAUGCUUUGUCGCCUUCUAACUAGGGAACUUCUGAAUGAGACUAGGUUCACUAGAUGUAGUUUUUCACGCUGGUUCCAAAUCUGGUCUCAAAAACUGCCCAAUACGUCUGUGAAAAAAGUUAUGGAUCCUCAAAAGUCGAAAAAUUCGAUGUCUCUUGAUUUUUAAAAACUAAAUUUAGAAGUCCCACUGCGAAUGGAGACCAUUCCCUAGUAAGCAUCAAACUUCUCUUCCAGGGAUAACAGAGGUGAGCUUUUUCUUGCCUUUUUUUCUGUCUUUUUCUGUUUUUUUUUUUUUUUAGGAGAAAAAAACAGGUUGAAAAGUGAAAUUUAAUGGUAUCUUUUUGAGUACGUACCUUUUAUAAUUGUCGAAAAUAUUUUAUAAAAAAAUACUUUUUUUCUCAUGGGCGCUUUUUACAUCAAUUUUUUUACACAUUGAUUUUUAUUACAUUUGCCAGAUGAUAAUUAACUGGAAAAAAAUUUCCAGUGACCACUAUAGGGUUUUUGACGUUUUUAGUGGUCACUAUAGUAGUCAAAUCAGUGGCCACUUGAGGGGUUAAAAAUAAGUGGCCACUAUAGAGCUCUAAGUGCUGCUACUAGACCACUACAAAUUUUAGUGGCCACUUUAGGAGUCAAUGGAUCAAAAUAACUGGUCCAAUCUGUUUGUUUUAAAAUUAUCAGAGUUACUGGAAGGAAUACUGGAUGAAAAACCACUAAAGUGGCCACUUUAGUGUCCUCUCCAAGUAGUACUUGGCGAGCCUCUAUAGUGGCCACUAAAAGUUUCCCAGAAAGACAAAAAAGCGUUUGAGAACUUAAAACUGUCAAAUAUAUGGAAAAAAGCGCCAAUUUUUAUAUUAAAAAUUCAAUUUUAGUUUAUAUAUUUGAUAGUUUUUAGUUUUCAAACACUCUUUUCCUUAUCAUUCGGCAAGUCCAAUAAACCGUAAAGAAAACAUGAGUCAAUUUGAUACUUUCGAAACGUUUUCCCAGCGAACAGACUUUACGUCACGACGACGCCAUUUUUGUUUGCUCAGACCUGAUAUAACAACAUUCAAAACUGCUUAUAUUUACAUUGAAGCUCGGCUUUUAUUCAUUUUGCUUUAAACAAAUUAAUAUUUCUUUUUCCUUUAUUUAAUUUUCUUCGUUUUGUUUUUUUUAAAUCGAAAAAAAGCUGGUCGUUGGUCGCGUUUUGGCCUUGCUCGAGUGUAGUUUACGUACAUCCGUGCACGUGAUUUUCAUCUUUUUCUGUCGUUUCUGUGGUUUUUCUGUUUUCAACUUAUUGAAUGCUAGAAAAAAAUGCUGGAAAAAUUUUGAAAUUUUCUCAAAAAAAGCUAGAUAAAUAUCGAUCAGCCUUUUUCUUGUAAACUUUUGUGCAGAAUUUUUUUCUCGAACUGUUAAUAAUAAUUUUAAUAUUAAUAGGUUUGUUCGUUGCAUACUGUUUUAAAUAAUUAUUUACUUAAUCUUCCACUUUUAAAAAAAUUUAAGAGCCUCGAAUAACUUUUAAAAAGUGAAAAAUUAAAACUUAUCAGAGUUUAGAAAAAUUUUUUUCUUUUUUUUAUACUUUUUUUGUUUUUUUCCUGGUUUCAAAUUAAAAAAAUUGAAUCAUAAGAAGUUCAAAAAAAUCAAUAAUCAUCAAUUUUUUUUCGAAAAAAAGCGCAAAUCAAGAAAUAAGCUGAACAAAUAGCGAUUCAAGCACUGUUUCAGUGCAUUUUUUUGCUGAAUUUUUUUGAGUUCCUGUCUUGGCUUUUUCUCGUUUUUUUGAUUGUCAGCAUAGAAAAAUUACUUCAUUGAAAAAUUAUAAACAGCUUCGAAAAAAAUUGAAAAAAAGGGGGUUAUUUCAUGUAAAAAACCUGAAGAAAUGUUGGGGAUUUAGUACUUUUUUUCGCGUCUUUUCGCUUUUUUUCAAAAAAAUUUUUAUUUAGUUUCUACUUCUUUUUAGAAGUUUUCAAUUAAAAAAAGAUCCAUUGAAACAUGAUAAUUUCAGGAAAUGGAUUCGUUGAGAGUAGUUUUCGAUUCGCCGCAGGCCGUUUUUUUCCCGGGUCAAUCAGUGACCGGCCAAGUCGUCAUGAACACUUGCCAGUCCAUGAAGGUUAAGGAACAUUUUUCAAAAAAAUGUGGAAAAAGUCGCUAAAAAUGAAUAUAUGUAAGAAAAAAAGGUCUUCUCGGAAAAAGCAUCAAAAAAAUUUUUUUAAAAGCUAUAUUUAUGUUGACUUGGCUCACAAGUUUGUCAAAAAGACGGGGAUUUUUUUCUAAUUUUGACGCGUUUUUUUAAAUUGAACUUUGAAAAAUAAUUUUUGAAACUAUCAUAUUGCGUUGGAUUUUUCACUUUUUUUUUCUUUUUUGUGACAAGUAAUUUGAGAUUGUUAAUCAAAUCCAAACCCUCUGGAAAAUUUUUUUGAUCAACAUUUACGCUGAUUUGGAUCAAAAAGUACGUCAAAAAGGGACUGGGAAAAAUUUUAGCGGCGUCUAUAGGGUUUUGACGUUUUAGAGGCCACUCUAGUAGUCCAAUUAGUGGCAACUUAAGGGGUUAGAAAUUAGUGGCCACUAUAGAGGUCUAAGUGUGACUAUUAGAGCACUAAAGAUUUUAGUGACCACUUUAGGGGUCAAUGGAAUACUUAAUGAAAACUACUGAAGUGGCCACUAAAACGGAAAAUAGUGUCCACUCCAAGUAGUCCUUGCCGAGCCUCUAUAGUGGCCACUAAAAAUUUUCCCAAAACAAAUUUCUCAGAAAGUAGUUUCCAAUGAACAUUAACGUUUGUGCCUCAAGUUCGUCAAAAAACGGGGAACUUUUCUAAUUUUGAAGAAUUUUCUAUACUACGAGACUUAAGGCUGUUCUUUUUGGAAACCGUUGCACCAAAAUCUUGAAUUUGAUGAGUUUUUACUAAUUUUCUUGAUUUUCGUGACAAGUUUCAAAAGUAUAAUGACUAUCAUCCAUAGAAAAUUGUUAAAAUAAUAAUUUUUUCGAGAAAAAAACCCAUUUUGAAGUUGAUUUUUUUGCUCAAUUACAUUUUUCAGGCCAGACAAUUGAAAGUAAUAGUAGAUGGCAGGGCUUAUACACACUGGACUCGUUCCGAAUCCUACUCAACAACGUAAAAAUUAAUUUUCCAUGAAUAAAUAAUUAAUUUUUUUUUCAGGGGAUCCGAUGGGUGAGCUUCUUUUGGCCGUUUCUUUGGAUUUUUUGGCUUUUUUUGAAGUAUUUUUUGUAUGGUUGGGAAAUAUUCAGAAAAUCCCAAACUCAAACUCGAUCGAUUCCAUAUUCGGCAACGGUGAUGUAUGCCUCGGGGGAGUCGAUUUUGUGGACUAGUGGUUCUGGUGUGAGUUUUUGGAUCGAUAUUUCUCAAAUUUCUUUUUUUUCUUAGGAAAGUGGUCCCUAUAUAGGGACAACCCUAGGGACCCUUGGAGGGUCUUCUUCAGAGACCACUUUACCAACCCCUAUAGGGUUUUUAGUAAGUGGCUUCUACAGGGACAUGCUAGGCGAUGGUCGUUAUUAACUCUAAACGAAGAAGCCGCUAUGAAAAACUCUAUAGGGACCCCUUCGAAGUUUCUCAGUAUUUAGGAACUCCAGAGUGGUCCCUAUAGGGGAAACCCAAAGGCCCUUGGAGGGCCAUCUCUAGGGACCACUUUACCAACCCCUUGAGGGGCCACUAAAGCUUCCAAAAGUGCUCCCUAUAGGGGACGUGCUAGUCGAUCUUUCUUAUGAACUCUAAGCGUAGAAGCAUUUCCAUAGGAAAAACUGAAUAAAUAAACGUUUCUUGAAUAGAAUCGUGAGACCCCUAUAGGGUCCACUUGAGCUCUUGUGGCUAAGGGGUCAGAUCCUAAAACCCCAUAGGGACCAUCUUUAGUUUACCUCUUUUACCGUAACUGUCAAAAACAAAGGGUACAAAAAAAAAAUUCAUUUUUUGAUUUUGAUGAAACUUCAUCCAGCGAAAACCUAUCAUCAGGAAUGCGGACACAAGUUUUUUUUUAGCCAUUUCCUCCUACUGUAGCCGGGUUACGAUAGGCAGGUGGGCACCCGCGUAUCUAAGUAUUGAAGAGUUUUUAUUAGGCAAGUGAUAUAUCAAUCGAUAGGUAAUCAAAUUUUAGGAAAUUUUAAUUUACAUACCAACUUGGGUUACUGUAGGAAUUUUCGAGUUACGGUAUUUUUUGUGUAUGGAAAGUCGGUUUUUUUGGUCACCCUGGCCGUCGGCAUAGAAUCGCAUCGUAAUUACUUUUAUGGAAUAUGUCUAGAAGUAUGGCUUAAACAAUACCACAAAAAAGUUCUAAUAUCCAAACCUGUCAAUUCGAGAUUUCACUCCGAACGCGCGCAACUUGGCACUUUGCGGCCAGGGUUGGUCGUGGUUGACGUUCCCUCCUAACCCCUAUAGGGACCACUCUGGAAUUCCGGAGUAAAACUUUGACGCGAAUCAUACGUUUUCAGAACACGCUCCUGCCUGGAAACUAUAAUUUCCCCUUCUCUUUUGUUCUUCCUUUGAAUUGCCCCCCAAGUUAUGAAGGUAGGAACUUUAUAAAAAGCUUGAAAGAAAAUCGUAAUUAAGGGUUAUACGGUUAUAUUCGGUACCGGGUUAAAGUCGAACUGGAUCGACCUUGGCGUUUCGAUAAGACUGCCAACAAGUGUUUUUCAGGUAAAAUUCGUCAUGUUUUGCUCUGCUUUUUAAAGGCGCAGGAUGAUUUCUGAAAACGGGUUUGCUUUAAUAAAUUCAUCUAUGCUCCUUUAAAAACCUUGGAAAACUUUCUAGAAAGUUCUAUAUAGCAUAUAGUCUAUUGAGCGCCAGUUUUUCACGAUUUUUAUCUUCCUCGAAGCUACAGAAACCCUUCCGUUCAAUGUGUGCGACCUGUCUCUGUGCAUGCGCCUUUAAUUAAGGCUAAAAUUUCAGUUAUAUUAAAGGCGCAUAGACAGAUAAAGGCCUUCAUCUUGAAAGGAAAGCUUUUUAUUGAAUUUUGAACCUCGGAAAAUUCCUGAGAAGCUAGCGGGAUCAGCUAUAACGGAAUAUUGAAAGAAUUAUUUUUUCAGUGAUACCAACUUUUGACCUGAACUCGAUUCCACAGGCUCGUUUUGCUUCAAUAACUAGCGAUUCCAAAGAAACCGGUGCACUUUUUCGCCGUGGUCGCGUUUCCAUGAAUGUGAGUUGCAUUUUCUGUAUCAAAUUUUGUAUUUUGUAACGCUAAAUUCAUAUGAAAAAUCAAGUUCGACCCCCUUCAAAAUGGAAAUUAUAUAUAAGGCGGCAUUUUUUUCAAAGGAUUUAUAACGGUUCAAAGAAGUUCUGAGGCAAGCAAGAUCAGAUUUAUUGAAUUAAAUGAAAAUUUCGAUAAACUUUUGCGAACCUAAAAAAAUCCGGUUUGAAAUUUGGAGUUUCAGGCUUUCCUCGUCUCUCGAAAAAAAUGCAUUAGAAAAAAAUCUUUAUAAAGACAAGAUGUUAAGGUCCGAAAAAAUUCCAGGUUUUUUUGCUGAUCCCGAAAAAUACCCUUUUCGCCUGUCAUAACACUCAUUUUGAUCCUAAAAAUACGCUUUGAAAAACGGAUUUUUCGACUUUCCAUGUCCCUCUGCGAAAAAAUUCGUUAGAAACAUUUUUUCAUGAAGACAAGGUUUUAAGAUUUUCAAAAAGUUCUAGAUUUUCUGUUGAUUCCAAAAACACUCUACUCGUGGGUCCUACCUCGCAUUGUGACCUUAAAAAUCCGCUUUGAAGAACGGAAUUUUCGGCUUUCCAUGCCCCUCGGCCAAAAAAAAUGCAUUAGGAGGAUUUUUCAUGAACAAAAGAUUUUAAGGUGUUGAAAAACUUCUAGAUUUUCUACUGGCCCCAAAAAUACCCUAUUUGCGGGUCCCACUUCCCAUUUUGACCCUAAAUUAACCGGGUCGAAAAUCAGAAUUUCCGUAUUUCCACGUCCCCCGCCCAAAAAAAAGUCAAGAAGAUUUCUCAUGAAUAUAAGGAAGGCUUUAAAAAAAUCUAAAUUCUUGGCUGAUAUCAAAAUUACCGUUUUCGCGGGUCCUACCUCCCCUUGUGACCCUAAAAAAUCCGGUUUGAAAAUUGAAGUUCGUUUUUCUAACGUCACUUGAUCAGUUUUUAUUUUUUGAAAGAACAGUUGGUUAUGGAAAUGGUGUGAUAUACUUCAGGUACAAGUCCCGAAAACCGGUUUCGUUCCCGGCGAGAUUCUUCGCCUGUACGUCUCCAUCAACAAUGAGAGCUCAAAACCCGUCACUUCGGUAAGACUUUGAAUAUUUAGAUGGGUUUGGUGGCUACAUUAGAGCUGUCUUCAAGUAGUCCUUGAGAAACCUCUUAAGUGGCCACUAAAGUAGUUCUCAGUCGAGUCGUCGCUCAAGCUCCGCCCCUAAUGGCGCGAUUAAUCAACCAGAUACAGUUCGUCCGGCGCGACUUGACAGUCGCAUGUCUGCUUCUCUCUGUUCCCUCACCGGCGAGGUCAGAGAAACGUGGAAAUAACACGUGAACAUGAGAGGGACGUCGAGAGAUAAGGAGGGCGCAGAGAAGUCCCGCCCUUUCAAGUCGCGAGAAACGGACUAUAGCGAGCCUUCCAUAGAGCGUUUUCAAAUGACGUCAUUGUAUAGUCUGUGUGCCACGACUUGAAAUUUCACAGAACGACAUUCCGCUGUUCCGCUGCGCGCCUUUGCGAACCUUGGUCGCGCUUUUAGUUUUUAUUUUGUUUUAUCGUGGUACUCUACUUUCAUGUGCUUCCACAGCAAUAAAAAUCAAUUGAAAGCGUGACCUAGAUUCUAAAGACGCUUCGCGAACGCACGCAGCGGAACGGCGGAAUGUCGUUCUGUUAAAUUUCAACUCGUGGCACACAGACUAUACUUUACAUUCAAAAUCUGAAACUGUAGAAAUUUGUGAAAUUCAAACUUUUUCCAAGUUCAGCUGCGCGCCAAGUUGAUACAAAGGACGAACUACGUUGCCUACAGGAACAGUUUCGGGGGUCAUUCGACGGUCCAUACGAUCGUGAAGGGAAGCCACGAGCAUCGGUGUGAAGACAAGACUGUCGCCAAGUGUGAACUGGUUAUUUUCAUUCCUAUUUUGAGACAAAUGAUCUGAAAAAUUAUUCUUCGACUUGAAAAAGCAACAGUACAAAUUUAGGAACUCUAGAGCGGUCCCUAGAGGGGCAACUUUUGAGGCUCUUGAAAGUUGACCUUUAGUGGCCACCUUACCUCUUCCUAUAGGGGCCCUGAAGCUUUCAAAAGUGACCACUCUAGGGGAGCAUGCUAGUGGUCCCUAUAGGGGUAGCAUAGCGGAAAGGUAAAGGACCUCUAAAUAUUCAGGGAGUUAGGAUUAGCCCUAAACCCCUACAGGGGUCACUUGAUUUUGAGUCCUCUAGUGAGCACUAUUCUUUCGCCUACAGGGUCAAUUUUUUUUCCCAAACCGCUCUAGGGACCACUCUGGCGUUCUGUAGUAGUUUAAAAUUUCCGAUUUUCCCCUUCAGAAAACCUAAAUCUCUAUAGGGGCCACACAAAAUUUAGCCCUCUAGGGAGCCCUAUUUUGAACCCUAUGCGGACUGCUUUUCCCCCUAACCACUCUAGGGACCACUCUGGCAUCCCUAAGAAGAUUUGUAUACCUUAAGAGAUUUUUCAAAAUGUUCGGACUCAAAUUGAAAGAAAAUUUUUUUGGAGCAGGCAAUUUUUUGCUUAGUUAAUCACCAACUUGAUACAAAACUCUAAAAAUUAUCGAAUUUACUAUAAAAUGGUCCUGAAGCGAUCAGUGAACCGCAUCAUUUUUUUUUUUGAAAUGUUGGAAUCUUUCAGAAAAUCAAUUCUUCCCCGAAAAACGCUUUUCAACAAGCCGUCGACCUUCGAAUUCCAGCCGUUGUGCCGUCUUUCAAUGUCUGCCCCAUCAUUUCCGUGGAUUAUGAACUGAUUGUUCGUUUUUUUUUUAAAUUAGGAGCUUCUGGUCGCAUUUGGAAUGGCUCUUAGAUCACUUUUAACAGUUUUUUGUGGGAAGUAGUUCACUUUGAAUUUUAAUUUUUAGGGAAAACUCUUUGAACUUAGCAGUUUUUCUCUGAAAUUAUGUCAUUUAGGAAAAAGAAAGAUUCAGAUUUUUUUAUUAAGAAGCUAAGGUUGCAUUUGGAAUGGCUCAAAAGAAUAUUAGAGCGCUUUUUAAAAGUAUAUUAUUCGAGGAAAGAGUUUACUUUUUGAAAUGUUUAUUUUCAUGAAAAACAUUUUUCAAAGAAUCUAAUUUUCAACAAAAUAAAUAUUCACAGUUUUUUUUAGAGAGAAAUUUACAUCAAAAAGCAGUUUUUCAGGUGAAAGUUGAGACGUCGGCGACGUUCAGCAGCACUUUAAAGGCGCAUCAGUCGAUACUCAUCGGUACGGUGCCCAUUCAACAAGUCACCCAGCUGUUUUCUACCGUACCCCCUCCCGCGGCAGCCGGUUAUCCUGUUGUCAACGAUAACCACGACGCUCCACCGCCGUAUCCUUCUUCGAGUUCAGACGGAUAUCCUAGUGGUAAUUUUAAGAAGAAAUGUUUCUGUAAACGGGGUUUACGCAGCUUGAAUCAAGUUUUCCGCGGAUAUACUGGAAGGUCCCCAUGAAACCUCCUCUCAAAAGGUCGCUAUGAAAAACCCUAUAGGGACCCAUUCAAAGUUUCUCAGUACUUAGGAACUCCAGAGUGGUCCGUAUAGGGGUAACCUAAAGCCCCUUGGAGGGUCCCCUCUAGUGACCGCUUUACCAACCCCUAUAGGGGCCACUAAAGCUUGCAAAAGUGGUCCCUAUAGGGGUUGGUAGACAAGCUAGUUGUUAUGAACUCUAAGCGAAGAAGUAUUUCCAUGAGAAAAAAUGAAUAAAUAAGUGUUUUUGAAUGAAAUCGAAAGAACCCUAUAGGGUCCACUUGAGCUUUAGGGGCUAAGGGGUCAGACUCUAAACCCCUAUAGGGACCAUCUUAAUUUCACCCCUAGAGGGACCAAUUUUUCGGCCCCUAUAGAGAGCACUUAGGAAUUCCUGAGUAAAGAAUGAAAAUUUCAUAAAAUAACUUUCAAAGAGAAAAAUGACAUAAUUUUCAGCCCCUCCGUCAUAUGAAGAGUCGGUUUACGGGAUCGCUGGUACUACGAAAGAUUCAGAACCUUUUGAGGUUCGCAAAAAAAGUAAGGCUAUACCAAAAAAGGAAUUUUCAGCCUUACGCGCCUCGCUACCCGGUCUAUAACAACCUUCCGGCCACUCAAAUCGACGAAAAAGCGCCAGUUGUCCCGUCGGCUCCGCCGUUGUGA